GCACACAUUUCGAAUGGGGGUGCCAUGUGGGGAAGGGGGAAGUCACCACCACUGUGGUAGAACCCAUUGGCAAAAAGUCUUAAAGUUAUUAGGAUCAAACAUAGAUAUGUUAUUAAAAUUUUAUAAUCAAUAUCAUAUUUCCAUAUAGAAAGUUGAAUUGUAUAAUAUUAUCUGUCUGUACUUUGAAUUGUUAACCCAAAAUGAAUAUAUUAAUGUGAAAAAAACAACUCUGUUAAUAUAUUAUAAAGUACUUUGAAUCAUAAUAAUUUAAAUUUGGCAUUAUCCUUGGCCUAUGGUGUUCUCAAAAAUAUUGUAUCCGCUAGAACAUUAAGCUUUAGCAGCAACCAAGAUGGCAGGUACCAAUACAAAUGAGGUUCCAAUCAAUUAUGACAGAAAACGUGAACUAAGAGCUUUUGAUGACACCAAGGAAGGUGUUAAAGGCCUUGUUGAUGCUGGGAUAACUGUGGUUCCUAUAAUUUUUCAUCAACCACCAGAUCAGUACUCCACCAACAACAACUUUGAUUCAGAAGCCACCCAGUUUAGCGUUCCAGUCAUAGACCUUGAAGGCCUUGAGUUCGAUAGACCAACGAAACGCAAGGAGAUUGUUACAAAAGUUGGAGAGGCAUCAGAGACUUGGGGAUUUUUUCAAAUUGUGAAUCACGGAAUACCUAUUGAUGUUUUGGGGGAGAUAAAGGAUGGGGUACGUGGGUUUUAUGAGCAAGACACUCAAGUGAAGAAACAGUUUUAUACUCGAGAUCACUUCAAACCUGUGGUCUACAAUAGCAACUUUGAUCUACACAGAGCACCAGCGACUAAUUGGAGGGAUUCUUUUAUGUGCUACAUGGCUCCUAAUCCUACUGAGCCAGAAGACAUGCCAGAAGUAUUCAGAGACAUACUUAUUGAGUACUCCAAGCAAGUAAUGAAAUUGGGGAAGUUGUUGUUCGAGUUGCUGUCGGAGGCUCUUGGGCUAAAGCCAAGUCACUUGAAUGACAUAGAUUGUAGUUUAGGGCUUGUGCAUGUAGGCCAUUACUAUCCCUCAUGUCCCCAGCCAGAGUUAACUCUGGGGACAAGCAAGCACGCUGACAAUGACUUUAUCACAGUCCUUCUGCAAGAUCAUAUUGGCGGUCUCCAGGUUCUUCAUCAAAACAAGUGGAUUGAUGUACCUCCUGUUCCUGGGGCUCUAGUAGUUAACAUUGGAGAUCUUCUACAGCUUAUAUCAAAUGAAAGAUUCAAGAGCGUAGAGCACAGGGUACUAGCGAACCGUGUAGGUCCAAGAGUAUCGGUUGCAAGUUUCUUUAGCACAGGUAUGCUACCAUUGGGGAGACUCUAUGGACCUAUCAAAGAACUAUUAUCAGAAGACAACCCCCCAAAGUACAGGGAGACAACUAUAAGGGAAUAUAAUGCCUACUUCAUUGACAAAGGCCUUGAUGGGACCUCUGCCUUGACCCAUUUUGAGCUUUGAACCAGGAGAUAGAGGAGCAGUACAGCCCUGAACAAAUAUUUAUCAGCCUCUUCUUUAAAUUUUCGUAAAAUCUCUCUGUUGUGGUUAGAUAAUAAUGUUCAUGCAGUUGUUAAAUCAUGUUUGCCAACAAAAGUGGAUUGUUUGUACAUGCCUGAUGCAGGACAUAUGUCAAAGUAAUUAACAUAGAUAUCUGUCUCGGCCUGCUCAUUGUAAAAGUGUAUUGGGAAUAUUUGGACUUCUUUUUUAUGUCUUGUGCUCAUUGCAAAGUUAUAUUCUUUGCAAAAAUAUACACUUCUGAUCUGAAUCAUAUGUAUUUAGUCUGAUAUCCACUAGAAAUUUAAGCUUU